CGCGGGGAGAGAUGGAAUCAACACUAGCAUCAGGGAGAAAGAGAGCGAGAGAGAGAGAGAGAGAGAGAGCGAUCAACCAGACAGGGAGGAGAGGAGAAUAGAGGACAGUCGGCUGCAUCGCUCCUCACACACAGACGGAGUUGGAGAGAGGAUGAGAGACUGUGGGGGAAGGAGAGGACAAUAGAAGACCAUUCAUCUCAGCGUUACACAGAAGUGAAUGAGACUGAUGCUAAACAAGAGUGCAAGAGGCAGGAGCGUGACUUUGUUGUUUUAAAGAGAAGAAAUUGAAUGAUGUUUUUAUUUCAGGGAGGGGACUGAACGAAAGAGAGCGCGAGUGAGGAAGAGGAGGGGAAGGAUUGUCUGGCACGCUUAAAAUACUAACGUGACUUUAAUUCGAACACAGAGGACAUUUUUGCCUAAAAUGUGGAUGUCGUUUUUGCCUUCAAGGACUUGAAUGAAUUGCUAUUCUUUUUUUGCAACAAAACAACAGAUGAGAACUACACAGUGAGGGGAAAAGACAUUAAAAACUCUUUAAACUCUUUUAUACAUUUUGCUUUUACUAUUUUGGAUGCGAACAUGAACUGAGAUGUUUUUUAAUGAAGAUAGGGACUUCUGUUUUUAAAAUGCAAAUUUAGAGUGUAGAAUAUUUUUUUUUAAGUUAUUUAAAUGUUAUGCAGACAAAAUCAGGUUUUUUAUGCAAGACUUUUAGAAGUCUUUAUUUGUAGUGUCAUACCGGUGCUUUCAUAGAUAUCCCAAUCAGGAAGACUUUUGAUGCCUGCUAGUUUCGCUUGCUUUAGCCGGAAGUGUGGGCAAGAGCGUGUGUGCAUGCGUGUAUAUUUGUGUGUGUGUGCACUUCUGAGCAAUAUUUGAUUUCCUUGUUGGACUGAUGCCACUAGUGCGCUGUGUGUACGUGUGUGUUCCAGUCUGUGUGUGUGUCUGAGUAAGAAUGUCAACACGCAUUACUUAAGUGUUGGUGAUAAUAGCAACUAAACUUUCCCAUCCCGUGUCAGUGUUUGCUGCAGAUGCUGUGUGAUUCAGGCUGUUUUUGUUGCAGUGAUCUGAAACGCAGCUUUCCUGGAGUCUGAUUGGACGGAGAGGAGGCGACAGAUUUUGUGUUGGCGAAACUUGUCGGCUUUUGUUUGGGUUCUGUCAUGACUUCGUCUCGCACGAUUUUUCCUCAGUCUGUUACCAUGGCAACAGCUUUGUGGUCAUGUUAAGUUCCAGUGCUUUGUUUCGUAACUUCAGCGCUAGUGCGCUGUCCCAGGUUACAGUUUAAACUCAAUGUUAGAUAAGAGCUGUGCCUUCAGAUCAGGUCAUCUAGGUGCUCUCUCUUAAUCCUUUAUUCUUUCUGUGUAUUUCUAAAUCAGAAUUACACAACAGUUGCCAUAGUCAACUUUGGCUGCAAUCCUCCAAUCCUUAAACCUUCAGUGCAUUGAUAGCCCUACAGAUCCUACUUUUUUCUACUGUCGGAAGUGUUGAAUCAUUGAUUUAUUGUGUUGCUUUGUACUGUUUUGUUGGUGGUGUAGUUAAACUCAGGUCUUAAUUUUUGGUAUUUAUUGUCAAACGCAUUGUGGAGCUCAACUGCACUGAAAAAACAAUAUCAUAUCAACAAGUUAUCAUUUGGACUUUGAGACUAACAGUUUCACAUUAAUCACACAGACAGAGGUUGGACCUGUUGGCCGAAUUGGUACCAUUGUUCACAAUAAUCUCUCAAUUGUGGCAACUGGUUACUGUUUGCUUAACUUUAGUUGCACUUAAGACAAAUCGUGACCCUGACCUCCCUUCAGGUUACAAUGCAGCCAAUGUUGCUUUGACUGCAUAACUCAUUGACUCUGAUCAUGUUUACUGGAUUGUGAUCAUAUCAAAAUUGGGAUGCUGCCAUAUUUCAAAUGGACAGGUGCUACACCCAAGCUUGGUUACCAUAGUCUGAUUUACUGUUCUUGAAGCAUUGUUCUCAAUACUGUUACAGGAAUUGAAAUAGUUACUCUGCACUGGUUCUCCUUAACACUGUGCCGCUUUUGUGCCAGGUUCUGUCUACAUCAAUAACAAGAUCUUGACAUGAUGCACGACUCUGUAUCACAGCCACAAUCUGGCCACUUUUGUUCGAUCACACAAUAAUGACUGUGCCAUAGAAAUCAAUUGUACAGUUUACAGACAUAUGAAGUUCCAGAGGCCUGUAAAGUACAUGCUUGUUGUUCUUUGUAAACUAUAAGGGUCUUUGCUCACCUGGCCUGUUAGAAGCUGUAUAGAUGCAGUUGAGUUGUCGUACAUCUCAGACCAUGGGGAUUGUGCCGUACUGCAGCUGAGAUAACAGUCCAGCCAGCUCGUCUUUGAUUGCCAGUCACAACUGUUUGCAUGGACUUAAAGGUCUCACGUAUGCUCCCUUAGCCUACAUCUGAAGCAAACACGUCUUCUUUUUGGUGCUCAAGGUUUUUUGGAGCUCACACACUGGUGCUAUUGGAAAAAUUUGACGGCGAGUUAUCACCAAAUAAGCCUGAAGUGGUUUUGUGGGCUCUUAUGUAAAAUAUAUGCAGUGAAAACCAUUGUAAAUGGAACAAAACGAAAGUUGACUAGGCUUGGCUGGAGAUUGGGAGACUGUUAUGUUCUCUAAAGAGAUCUUGAACCGAUAAUCAUUUGAGAGUUUCAAAGUUACCCCGAGCAUAUAUCAGUUUGAUAGCUCGGAACUGUUCGAGGGUCUAAGGCUGUUGCGCCUCUAUCAGAGGUUAUGAAGUGGUUUACAUUGGGGACACGCAUUGGUGCGGUUCAUUUGGGCGGAUGACUUUGCUAAAUGAUGUUUGGAGGUUAGGUUUUCACUCAGGAAACAGAUCUAUAAAGAGCCGCUCCAUCAGAGACCGUUUGUCUGAUUUCGAGGUGUCGUUUAGGGUAAUGAGCGUGUGAUUGAUUUUCCGGUUAGUGUCUAAUGAGAACAUAUAUCAAAAAAUCUCUGGAGAAGGUACUUCAGAUUUGGCCAAUCGGGUUUUAUUAUUGUCACCCUGACAGGAGCUUGUUGCUUCGGGAACAUCACAUUUUGAUCGUCACACUUUAACUUUUUCACUGGUCACACCAAACUGAAACUUAUGAGUGAGUCUUUAAAUGGUGCUCAAAAUCAUAUUAUCUUCAAUACAGCCAUAUUUAACCGAUCUUGUUUCUACAACUUUAAAACUUAGCUGUUUCUGAGUCUACUUGGUCUUUUUCUAAACCAUAUUUCUACAAACUGUUCGUUAUCAGGGUUGUUUAUGGGUCCUUUGUAUACACUUUUAAAUUCUUUCUAUCUGAGUUUUAUUGCAUCAGUGACUUAUUGUCCGAAAGACUAAGUUAAAGAUUAUAAAAGGCUCAGGUGUUACGUUUUUUUUUAGAAAAGAUAGGAGUAACGGGACAGCCUGGAGAACGGGAAAGAAGUCGUGGGUGGGGGAGAGGGGGAGCGAGAGAUCAUCUGGAAGAAGAGGGCAAGUGUGCUGGAGAGGGAGAGAGAGCAGGAGAGGCAGAAGGUGGAGGAGGAGGAGAGGAACGCUGUGGAGUACACCGUGUGGAGGCUGAGGGAGGGAUUUCAGGAAAGGAGAGAGAAAGAGGAGGAUAGUCUCAAGGGGAGGAGUGCAGAGGGUGGGAAAGAAGCGCAGCCCGAGGUUAUCUGGAAAAAAAGAGAAGAGGAGGAGGAGAAAGACAGGGAUAGAGGUCGCCUUUGUGACAGAGGUCCCAGAAUCAUCUGGAGGAGGAGGGAAAGAGAGUGACCGCUGUGGAUGUGUCAGCACUAAUGCUUCUCAGAUGUGUGACGGGAAAUGAGGUGACAGAUUUGGAGAGAAUAAGAUUAGUCCAGACUAUAGCCUACGUGUGAACUACAUAGUGUACAACAUCUGUUACAUGGUGUAUAAAAUUGAGUGUUACAUUUUAAGCCUAGCCUAUAAAAACGACCACAUUAAUAUAUUUACGUACUUUAUGGUGCUUACAUUGCAAAGCCAUUAAAAUAACCAUUAUCGACAUACAGUUUCAAGUACCUAUACAUAACGUUUUAAUUUCGCUUAAUGUUUUUUAAUGUGAGCGGCUCAAUAAAUCAUUUAGAAGAACUUUAGGUUUAUAGUCAAUAUAGCAACACAUUUUAUUCAAAUCAUAAUUUUACAGAUCAAGGGCCCACUAUUGAAGACACAUUAUUACUUUUAACACUUGGACUAAAUUAAGUCUAUAAAGCAGUGAUGGGGAUAAAGACGAUCACUUGUGUGUGUAAAGAGUCAUGAUCUAAACCUUGACUUUAUCAUUAAGUGAUCUGCGUUCACUGGAUCAGUACUUUAGAAUUUUCCGUCCAUCUAUUCCCGCUCACUUCCUCUCUCUCUUUCACUUGCUAUUGAUCGAUCUGUCUGUCUGACGGAAGCCUCCUCUCUCGGAGUCUCAGCUGCAUCUAAUAGGCUUUUUAUGGGACUCUGUCAGACAAGAGCUACUAGAGUGGAGUCCGGUACAUGCACAGACACACACGUACACGGAGGCAUUUAAAACAACAGUACUGUCUUUCACACAGGCGGAUCACAUCUGGUGCACAAAUUAGAAAUGUACCAAUGUCAUGACAAUCAUCCUUGAGUCAAAUUUUUCGUGCUUUGAGAAUCGAACCUAAGACGCUCUAUGCAGACCUUAGAUCUGAUGCAAACUUUUCUACGCCUUGCAUAUGACAACAGUGAUUCUGAUGUCUCUGUGAUCUAGGCUGGUGCUCCUCGGAAUAGCUUUUUUCCACCAUCUGGUUUAUCGUCCCACUUUUUGGACUAAGCUGUCUGCCCACUGUCAUCUCUCCGGUGUGAUGAUGAAGCGAUCAAUGGAUGGAGAAAAACAGAGGACUGUAAAAGAAAAGACAAGACAAGUUAUUGAUUGUAAUAAAGAGAGACGUAGGGAGACAUAAAAAGAAUAUAAAGAGCUUCACUGGACACUGAGACGGUGAACAAUCAUCAUGGAACUCAUCCCCAAAACCAAAUACACGCCGUUCAGGAGUGACUCCUUUAGCUCGACGGACGAGACUGCGUCCAAUCCUUCCCUUCCUUCUUCCGCUCCUCUCACUCCUCUCACCCCUCCCGGCAUCCCUCCUUCUUUCUCUUCCUCCUCACUCACCCCCAUCCUCCCCCCUACCUCUCCACGGCAGGCUGAGAACAGCCCCACCACCCUCUGCUCCUUCUUUCCCAGGAUGGGAGCCCUACGGCUGGGAGUGUCUUCCACUCUCCUCCCAGGCCUGAAGGCCUCCAGCAGGCCGACAGGUGCGGCGGGCGGUCAGGGAGGUUCGGGGGAAUCUCCGGAAGACGCCGGCACCCCGGCCGCCAGUUCUUCUCCUCUCCUUUCUCUAACAGCCCCGUCUCCUCCUCCUCGUCCUCCACAGGAUAUGAACCGGCUGGGCGGGGCCUCGCGUAGGGCCCGAGUGGAAGGCGGCCAGCUAGGCGGGGACGAGUGGACGCGGCACGGUUCCUUCGUCAACAAACCCAUGCGAGGUUGGCUGCACUCGGACGGUGUGGUCAGCACGACCGGGGUCUCUUACACUGUCAGGUAUAUGGGCUGCGUAGAAGUGCAGCAGUCUAUGAGAGCACUGGACUUCAGCACCAGAACUCAGGUUACCAGGGAGGCAAUAUCAGUUGUGUGUGAGGCAGUGCCAGGAGCCAAAGGAGCUCAACGCAGAAGAAAGCCAAGCUCUCGAUGCCUCUCCUCCAUUUUAGGGAAGAGUAAUCUCCAAUUUGCUGGGAUGAUAAUCAACCUGACUGUGUCAACCAGCAGCUUAAACCUACUGGCAGUUGACUGCAAACAGAUUAUCGCCAACCAUCACAUGCAGUCCAUCUCUUUUGCGUCAGGAGGAGACCCAGACACAGCAGAGUAUGUAGCCUACGUCGCCAAAGACCCUGUCAAUCAAAGAGCGUGUCAUAUCCUGGAGUGUUCAGAGGGAUUGGCUCAGGAGGUCAUUAGCACCAUCGGUCAGGCUUUUGAACUCCGUUUCAAGCAGUAUCUGAAGAACCCCCCUAAACUGGUCACCCCUCACGACCGGAUGGCUCCGUUCGACGGGUCAGCGUGGGAGGAAGAGGAAGAAGACCUGGCUCCACCCCCAGACGUUCCGUAUUAUAAUAACUUUCCUGGCAAACAGCCUCCUCCUGGAGGUUUGCUUGACAUGAGGAUCCGCCAAGGCCACAGCACGGGAUCCACAUUGCCGUAUGGACAGCCCAGCCAGAACGAUAUUCACAAGCAGCCACUACCUCCUUUACCAGUGGGAGUUAAGGAAGGAGGCUUGUUUGAUGACCCUUCGUACGUCAAUGUGCAUAAGUCCCGCCCUCCAGCGGCGGCAGCAGCCAACGGGAAUGCUCACAGAGAUGCAUUUGACAUGAAACCAUUUGAUGAUGCUUUAGGUGUGUCAGGUGCAGUGGCGCCUCCUCUGGCAGAGCAGCUGCAGAACGAGCCUUGGUUCCAUGGUCCUCUAAGCCGCAGACAGGCCGAGCGGCUUUUGACGAAGGAUGGAGACUUUCUGGUGCGGGAGUCAGGCACCACACCAGGCCAAUAUGUCCUCACUGGACAGCAGGGCGGUCAGCCCAAACACCUGCUUCUGGUGGAUCCUGAGGGAGUGGUACGCACCAAAGAUCACCGCUUCGAGAGCGUUAGUCACUUGAUCAGCUAUCACAUGGACAACCGGCUACCAAUUAUCUCUGCAGGAAGUGAAGUGUGUCUGCAGCAGCCAGUUGAGCGCCGAAUUUGAGAGAAACAUGAUGGGAUUUUUCUUUACCGUGCUAAAAAAGCUUUCGUUUCCCACUUUUUUUGCCAGACUGUUUUAGAACUUUCUUCAACUGGGAGUAUAAGCUAAUCAUAGCAGAGUCAUAAAAAAACGAAUUUUAUCAGAAUUUUAUAUGCCGUCAACCACGGACCAUGAAAUUUUAAAGCGAUGCUAUCAUUACUCAAGGACUUAAAGACGUUUGAAAUGAGCGAGUACAAAAAGCCAAACUGAAAUGGUGAGACGUCUAAAAGAGGAAAAAGGAACCAGUAUUGGGUGUGACAUCACUUCCUUAAACCAAUGUCAUGUCUUUCAGACUGAGGUGCACCUGUAACCAUGGCAACAGACUUAGGCAUUCAUAGAGUUGAUGUAAAUCAGAGCACCUUUGUAGCACUCUAAAAAUUGGGAUGCAAUGGAAAUAAUCUGAAGACUAAUGACUCAUUAUAAAAAAAGAGAUGUUUCGUUUGUGAAGAUAAUGCGUUCGAUUUAUUCUUGAAUGAAAAUGCAAAACUUUAAAGAGAAAACAAAGCUCCUACAACUCACUUUCGCCAUGAAAUGAAUCGCAUCUGUUGCGAUUCCAACUGGAAUAUGACUGCGGAAGAGCUCAUGCCAGAGGAUAAAACUCCGAAUUGCCCCUCGUUUUCCCCCCGAAAUGCCCUUUACAGAAUUCUGAUGUGAUCCCGGGAAAGAUUAGGAAUUUUGGCCAUUUGGGAACACCCCUGAACAUGUGAAAGCUUUAGCAGCCAGCACAGGUGCUGUGUGGAAUUUUCCUUAUGCAAAUAUGCAGAUGCUGUGAGGGACUAAUCCUAGGCUUUGUAAGGUAUAAUACAGAUAUACUCAAUUACUGGAAAAAGGGAUGUUUCUCUUCCCUAUAACAUCAUCCAUCUGUCUGGGAGAACAAGGAGAGAAUGAACCAUGAAGUGCAUUGUGGAUGCGAGUAUAAAUCUUUAAUCUGAAAAGGACAAAUGGGCUGAACUGUAAAGAUGAAGUAUGAAGACUGUUUAAGAUCAAAGAGAUCUGCAUUAAAGCCUUCCUAUGAUGUCAUUUUAACCAAGAAUUUGAAUAUUUGUUGCAAUGAUGUCAUUUCCUUAAACAGUGGACGACUUCGUUGGUUUAAUUCUUCAUGUGUUGGGAAAUGGAGCGAAGACUAUUUUUCUUCUGCUGCUUUUUCGUGUUGACUUUUCUUCUUUGUUGGCAUUGACAAUCGAUCUUCACGUCUAUUGAUGAAGUGCUUCUGUAUGUUUAGUUACAAAACAAAGAAUAUAAUGUGUAUUCUGGAACAUUCAUGCUUUUUCAACAUUCACCGUGAUCACUCUGCUGCAUUUUAAUGAUGUGUUUUUGUGGGUGGGGCAGGAUUGCUUGACUUUCCUUACCUGUCAAACUCUGGAGGCCUUCAUUAUGGUGGGAAAAAACACUCCAAAUAAUUUCUAAACAUUACGGCUUUUUCGCCACCACAAAGUACAGUUUCUGUAUAACCACAAACAGGAAGAGGCAGGGAGGACACAAGGUUCUUCUUCAUUUUUUCCUUAUUUGAUCAUUUUUUUAUGUUCUGGAUUGUGCCUUUUCACCCAACACAGACACUCCAAUAUAACACAGUCACCUUUUGUAGAUCUACAGUAGGGACAUAAACAGGUAAAACCUGCAAAAAUGACACAAUGAGGUUUAAUACAGAUUUGGGGAAAGCAAUCUUCAUUUUCCCUUUGCAUGUUCUUUUUGCCUUGCUGUUAUAAUGUGCUCUUAGUUUAGUGCUGAACUGUGGUUACAAUAAAACUGUUCGGUUUCAUCUUUAACUUACGACUAAGAACACAUUCUGUUUGUGGAAAGCAAUGCUUAACACCCUAGAAGACAACUUGUAUAUAUGCUUUACAUUUGCUAACAGCUAUGUAGUUUAUGUCUGUAAGUGUAUCACAUCUAAAAUCUGUCAAUAACAUUGUAAAUCUGUCGAGAGUUGUCAGAUUUAUAGCAGAUUGUACUGGGUCAUUUACAAAUCCCGAAGACAACAAAGAAAAACAAAGAUUUCACAAUGUCAACAAUAACCACAUUGAUAUCAUAAUUUGGUCUUCACACAGCCGCCACAAAUCUGUAAAUGAGACCCAUCACAGGCCAUAUAUGGCUGCUUUGUGAAUCUAAAAUUGGUACCUGGUGACUUGCUUUGGUAUUUGUGAUGUUCAGUCAGCAUUGAUUAUAACCAUCCCUCACAUUAAUUGUGAAUUUGAAUGGGUUGUAAUCCAAAUGUAUGCUUAUAGCAUAAAAAGAAUGGUUUGUUUGAUUUUCUGUUUGAUGUGCUGAUGGACUAUUGGAUCUGUUUUUUCUGUCUGAGUAUUUGUGUGUGAACUCGUAUGUAUGGACUUGGAGGGCUGAAACAUAUCAAAUAAUCUAGCUUUUGUACACCACUGAACCGUUUGCUCAUUUUCAUAUUUCACAGUGGCCUUUUGUUGCAUGAAAUCACUUCAUGUUGUAGAGGUAAUGGUGACUUUUGUGCUGUGGUUGGUUGGUUGCUAUUUUCUAAGCCAAAGGCUUUUUUACUGGUUUACCUAUAUAAAUAUUUUAUUCCAUGUUUAUGAUUAUUUUAAUGAUCAUUUUUAUGUUGUUGUUCUUUGGAGAAAACAUAAAUGUUUACACGUGUAUCUCAAACAAUAGAUUACAUAUAAAUACAUAUACUGUAUCAUUCACCUUUCCUGAUGUGUUUAAUUAGACCUGUUGCAUUGUUUAGCAUAAAGUUGUUCAUUAUAAAACUCAAUUCUAUGCA